AUGUUUCCCUCGGUUCGCCGUGUGGUGGCGUCAUCUUCCGCUGCACCACCGGCGGCCGCUGCCCUCGUGCGGUCCGGCCACUGGUCAGCACCAUCGACAGCAGCCUCGGUCGGCCAGAUGCAGCCCGGCCAAACAAUACACCAGAGCCGCAGCCUGACGCCGCAGCCGUCGCAGCAGCGUCGUUACUCGUCGUCGAAGCCUUCCAGCCCAGACAACGGCUCCAAAGCCCUUCCGGGUGUGCCGUCCACGCCCUCGAACUCGUCCUCUUCUUCCUCCUCGUCGUCGUCGAGCUCCUCCUCCUCCUCGUUCAAGCGCAAACGCAAGGCCAAGCAGGACGCCUCUCGGGCGUCGGUGCAAAAACUGCCCAGCGUGCCCUCGACGCAGCACCUGCCAGUCGAGAGCCUCGCCCUAUCGACCUUUUUCUCGCAGCAUCGCCCCAUCUCCAUCACCCACAGUCUGCCCAAGAUCGUGUCCGAAGACGCCUUUGCGGCCAUCUUUGCGCCCCGCGCCGGCGGCCGCAACAAGUCCUCCGAGGUGAUCCGCACGCUGUCGCGUGCCGUCAACGAUCUCGAGGGCCCCAUGGCCAGCCUGUCUGUGAACGACAACGCCGCCACGACAACGCAACCGGCCCAGCGUGGCUCCCGCGCCCGCCAGGCCAAGGAGCAGGCCCGGUUCGCCCGCCAGCAGCUGCAGCAGCAGCUCGAGGACGACGCGGCCGCCGCGGCCGCCGCCAACGGCGAGAGCAACACUGCCUCGUCGUCCUCACAGCUGGAGUUCAAGAAUGCUGACGGCUCGGACGCCGGCAUUUACGUGCAGCUCGACACCCUGCAGGGCCAGUUCCUGCCGUUCCAGCCGCCGCCGCCGCCUGUGCCAGAGAUGGCGGAGGGGGAAGCCGAGGCCGAGGCCGAGACUGGCGCCGCCGACACUACUUCGUCGCCCCCUGGCACCAUCACCUUUGAGCUGGACGGCGGCGAGCUGACGUCGACUGGCAACAGCGCCGCCCCCCUCGAUGAGGAUGCCGAACCGCGCAGCACCCGUGUGUUCAAGGCCAUCCUGACCAUCGAGGAGCAGCUCGACGAGAACGGCGAGGUGCGCAUUGUUGCCCACUCGCCCCAGAUCCUUGAGGAGGGCGCCGAGGAGGCGCUGCCGCGUCCGCGCGGCAGCGGCCUUGUGCGCCGGCACCGCUUGCCGUCGGCGUACCACGACGGCACGUCGGACCUGCCGCGCAUGGAGGCCAUUAGCGUCAGGCGCCAGAGAAAGCUGCGGAUGAAGAAGAAGAAGUACAAGAAGCUGAUGAAGCGCACGCGUGUGCUGCGCCGGAAGCUUGACCGCACGUAA